GCUUUCAGCUUACGUGGCACAUAGCUGCAGCUUACCUAUGGGUAUGCCUCAUUUAUCGAAUUAUCAAAUAUUAUUUUCGAUUAAAACAUUGGAAUAAAUUCAUGAAACUAAGAUCUUUACUGUAAAAGUGAUUUGGUAACAUAGGUACAGUUAGUCAAGUUUGGUACAUUUCCAAGAUGACCCGUCGUGAACAUGGCUAAGACGUAGAAGCAGUUUUAUACUGCAGUCAGUGAAUAGCCCUCAUUCCAUGGCAUUCACGUGGUUGGAUCACACUGACCCUCUGCUGGGCUGUUCGUAUAGGGGCCGGUGGGAGGGGUGGGGAUGCAGGAGUGGUGCGUCACGGGUGUGGCUCGGCAUCAGUUCGCCAAUGAGUCGGCAAUGCGAGGUACCACGAUAAAACGGCGUGCCGGCGGGAGCUGUCGCAGAGUGACGCCAUGGCAGCCCCGGUCGGCAGUGCGAUGCUCCUCUCCUGGAUGGCCCUUCUGGGCCUCCUGGGAACGGCCACAGCGUUCUUCCGUGAGUUCAGUAAGCCGACGGUGACGUCGCUGUGCUUCCUGGAUUCGAACAGCUGCGUUCCGGCCAACUUCACCUCGGAGCUGCCCACCACCGUCACCGACGCCGUGAGCGCGUGCAUGCCGCGUCGCCGCUUUGGCCGCUCCCCGGCGUGGGGCCGGCGGAGUAGCGCCUUCAGACUCGGCGGCAAAACCGACAAGCUCAGCUGCAUCGCCACCCAGCUGAACAUUACCAGCGACACGGGCGUGGACGCAGCGGCUCUGGACACGGUGAUCGAGUCCCUGUCCAGCAACACCACCUUCACCGACCAGCUCAAGGCCAGCGCCGACUCCUGCAUCGCCGCCAUGAACACCACCCUGACCGCGGAGCAGCAGCGUGUCUACGUCCUCACCUGCCUGAAACUCAGCCAGAAGAGCGACUGCAAGCGCCAAGACGAGAACACCACUCUCUGCCUUAACGCCAAGACACUGGUCAAGUGCCCACUCGGCAUCCAGUCUCUGGUCGACCUGUCCACCUUCUUUACCUGCAAGAUGCAGGCGAAGGCGUCAAUCGGUAUCAGCAUGUUCACGAGCAUCUUCAGUGGCGACUUCUCCAGCUCGAGUAUCUCCGACAGCCUGUGUCCGACGCUGGAGGAGGGCGCCAAGGCGGCGGCCAACUGCUCGCUGCAGGCGGCCGGCCUGGCCAGCGGCGACACGGUAGACCUGACGGCCGUGCAGACGGCCAUCACCGCCAGCGCCACCACCACCGACUCAGAGAAGGCGCUCCAGCAGACCGUGCUGAGCACGUGCCAGGCCAACGGCGCCGACACGGUGGACGCGUUCCUCGACUGCUGGGCCACCGAGUCGGUCGACGGCUGCGUCACCAGCAUCGCCGAGCGGCUGGCGACCGGCAGCACCAGCCGCCGGACCGGACGGAUGCCGGGCAGACGCCGCUCCGGUGGUGGGCGCCGCCGCUUCAGUACUGGUGGACGACGCCGCUUCAGUGGAAGCCGCCGUUCCAGCAGACGCACGGGGCUCUUUGGCUAAGCGGCAAAAAGCUCUUUACUGAGGGACUAGCGCACUGUGCACGUUUGGACGCCACCUGUCCAAAAGCUCCUGUGGUGAAGAACGUCAUGUAUUCCUGGCAAAUACUUGCCGUUGUUCGUCUUCCCCGCCAGUCGUCAUUCGUUGCACCGGCUGUAAAUCAUGAUUCAUAAGCACAAACGAUCUGAUUAGACGACUUCAACAGUUAAUGGAAAAAGUUGAAACACAAUAAAAUAAUCAUUUUGGUCUACGCA